AUGCCACGUAGUGCUGCUGGUACAUCGAAGAGAGCAAGCAAAGAUCCAAAUGCACCAAAACGACCAUUAUCAGCAUUUUUUCUUUUUUCACAAGAUGAACGUCCAGAUAUAAAGAAAAAAAGUCCAUCGAUGUCUGUUGGUGAUAUUUCAAAAGAAAUUGGUGCACGAUGGAAAAAAGUUAGUGAUGAUGUUAAAAAACGUUAUGAACAAAAGGCUGCUGUUGAAAAACAAAAAUAUGAAGCACGUGUUUCGGAAUAUAAGAAAAGUGGUGGUGGUAGUUCACCAGCUAAAUCAGCAAGCAAAGGUUCAUCAAAAGUAGCAGCAGCAGCAGCAGCAUCAAAUAAAAAAUCACCUAAAAAACCUGCAGGAAAAAAAUCAGCUAAAUCAAAAUCAUCCGAAGAAGAUAAUGAUGAUGAUGAUGAUGAUGAAGACGAUGAUGAAGAUGAAGAUUAA